AUGACGACAGACCGGAAGUGGGCGGAUUUCGAGUUGGAAGACGAUGGAGAUUUGGGGGAUUUGGCCGCUACCCCAGGUGGCUUCGAGACGCGUCCAGACAGUGACGGCAUCAAGACCGUUACCAACUACAUACAGAACUCAAAAGGAGAGACACUCAAGAUUAUCAAGCGUGUCAAGGUGACACAUGUUGUGCAUCGCAUCAACAAGGCGGUCCAUGAGCGGCGCAACAUCCCUUUUUUUGGAAUUGAGGCCAUUGAGGGCAGCAAUGCCAAGGCUUUUACCGUUAGAUCCGUGGAGGAAAUUCCUUUGGAAGUCUCGAAAGAAACUUUGCUUAGGGCCAAAUUUAAAGAGGAUGAGGACGACGAAGACAUUCAGUUCGCAGACCUGAACCCGGCGAAGACGUCGCGAGACUUGCGGCAAAAAUUCUUGUCUCUGCAAAACGAGGAUGAACCUGUUGAUACAGCAGAGGCGGAUCCUCUAGGCUCCCGGCUAGGUGUCGGGGCUGCCAAGGGUUUCAGCCGUCUGCGUGGAGGUCCUGGAGGCGAUGCUUUGAAGGAUCUUGAAGCGCGGCGUCGUGAGGAAGCGACGAUCCGUGUGACAAACCUCAGUGAAGACGCAAAGGAAGAGGAUCUGACAGAGCUCUUUGGAACGAUAGGAAAACUCGAGAGGGUUUUCCUCGCCAAACACAAGGACAAGAAGGCUAGCAAGGGAUUCGCUUUCAUUACAUAUGCCAACAGAGAGCUCGCUGCGGAGGCGAUCCGCAAGCUGAACAGACACGGUUACGACAACCUGUUACUCAACGUCGAGUGGGCGCGGCCAAACAACCGAGAGAGGUGA